AUGGAUGAAACACUUGCAGAUGCAGGGUCUUGCCCAUGCUCUUCUUCCAAAAACAAAGAUCUGCAGUCAGUGUGUGGACAACGUAUAUCAGACCGUAUUGUGGGUGGACAGAAUGCUGUUGCAGGGCACUGGCCUUGGCAGGUCAGUCUGCAUAUUGGCCAGAUUCACAUCUGUGGAGGUUCCCUCAUCAGUGACAGGUGGAUACUGACGGCAGCACACUGCAUAAAAUUGAACUGGAUUCCUUACUUAUAUACUGUGUGGCUGGGAUCGAUUACAAUACACUAUUCAAAUAAGAAUGUGAUACAUCGUGUAUCCCAAGUUGUUUUCCAUCCCCAAUCCCCAAAUAUUACUGCAGACAUCGCCUUAUUGAAACUGGUCUCUAGAGUCACCUUCACUUCUUUCAUCCUGCCCAUCUGCCUGCCUAAUACCACAAAGCAGUUGACAAUUCCUGGCUCUUGCUGGGUGACUGGAUGGGGAGAAGCUGACAAAAAUGAAGAUACCUAUGAACCUCCCACCCUCCAGGAAGCAGAAGUACCCAUCACUGACCGACAAACUUGUGAAUAUUUCUACAACCCAGUCUCCUUAUUAGUGCCAGGAGUAGAGCCGGUCAUCAAGGAAGACAUGAUUUGUGCUGGUGACAGUCUUAAAAAGAAGGACAGCUGCAUGGGUGAUUCUGGAGGACCUCUGUCAUGUCAUAUUGAUGAUGUAUGGACCCUGAUAGGAAUAGUAAGCUGGGGAUUUGAAUGUGGCAAAACUCCUGGAGUCUACACCAAUGUGACCUACUAUAAAAAAUGGAUUAAGGCCACUAUCUCAAGAGCUGAGGUUUGGGCCAACAAUCUGGACUUAUCUGACUUAUUGUUCCCUAUUUUACUAUUAUCUCUAGCUCUCCUCCUGGGACUCUACUGUGCCUUUGGGCAUAACAUCUUAUUAGGAGAGUAG